AUGACGGCUCUACCCGAAACACACCUAUUACCGUCGGAGCCUCCAAACACAUCCACACCAGAAAUCUUACCAGUAACAACAGCACAACCAAACACCAAUAUCGCCUUUCCUCUAACGUUAGCUCCGAAACAGCGACGUUGUCUGAGUGUUCGUUUAGCCGAAGUCGGCGACCACCAUGGCAUCUCGCGGCUCCAUAACUAUCUGUCGUGCAGGUGGCGAAUUUCAAAGGAAUCCUCCAGAACCUCCAAAGCCAUGACUGUAACGAAUCUCGUGAACGGAAUCGAGGAUUUUGGUAAGGGUAACUACCGAAGAGAAUCCAUAAUCUCUUCCAUCUGGUUGGCUGCAGAAAAAAUAUGUCUUGACUCUGAAGAAUGA